AACUGAAUAGCUUUGAUAAACUAAACUUGUCCUUCUCAGUUAUUCACUUGUGUCUCUUGUUUCUUCUUGUUCCCCCCAACCCACAACCACAUUGAAAACAAUGGCUGUGGCAGAAAUUUUUCUAACUGCAUUUGUAAUUGUGCUGUUUGAGAGAUUGGUCUCUUACGAAUUGUUGAACUUUGCUCUCAGAGAAGGAAUUCAUACUCAGGUGAGGAAAUGUAGCCAACUGCUGAUCAAAAUUCAAGCAGUGCUUAGCGAUGCAGAGACUAAGCAAAUAAUAGACAAAGCUGUGAAAUUGUGGCCGGAGGAUCUGAGGGAUGUGGCUUAUGAUUUGGAUGAUUUACUCGACGAAAUCGCGACAGAAGCUUUGGCAGAUAGAUUGAAGUCAGAGCCUGAAGCUAGCACAAGUAGGGAAACAAACGUCAUCUCUACUUAUUAUAGUAAUUUUGCUAGAACUUUUGCGCUCAAAAUGAAGAUGGGACCUAAGAUUGAGGAGAUCACUGCUAGAUUACAAGUUAUUGCAGAAUUGAAAGAUGAUCUGGAUUUGAGAGUUAGUUGCGUUGCAUUAGCCGUGGGUUCUGUUCCUGUGAGCCAUCUAAAGGAGUUGUCAGAUGACGAUUUUUUGUCUCUAUUAGCUCAACAUACGAUGGGGACUAGAAAUUUUGAUGCCCAUCCAAGUUUGGAAAUAGUUGGCAUGGAUAUAGCGGGAAAGUGUCGAGGCUUACCUUUGGCAGCAAAGACAUUGGGAGGCCUCUUGCGCACUAAAAAUAGCUUAAAUGAGUGGGAAAAUGUACUUCACAGCAAAAUCUGGGAUCUACCGGAGCACAAGAGUGAUAUUCUUCCAGUUUUGAAGCGAAGCUAUCAUCGUCUCCCUUCUCAAUUGAAGCAAUUGUUUGCAUAUUGUGCUAUAUUUCCAAAAGACUAUGAGUUUGACAAGGAUGAGUUAAUUUUGUUAUGGAUGGCGGAAGGAUUUCUACAACAAUCAGAAGGAAUGAAACUUAUGGAAGAGAUUGGUGGCUACUGUUUUGAUGAGCUAUUAUCGAGGUCAUUUUUCCAACGUUCAAGUGGCACCGAACAAAAAUUUGUGAUGCAUGACCUUUUGAAUGAUCUAGCUCAAUCUGUUGCUGGUGAAAUAUGCCUUACGUUGGAUAAUAAUAUAGAGAGCAAUGUCCAUUUCAGAAUUUCUCAAAAAACUUGUCACUCGUCAUUCAUUCGCCACUACCAUGAAGUGUCCAAAAGAUUCAAGCAAUUUCAUGAACUUCAGUGUUUGCGGACUUUCUUACCACUUCCGGUUCAUAAACCAGAUCAUUACGAGUGUCAUUUCAGCAGUAGCAUUUUAUUCAACUUAUUGCCAAAGUUACAGUGCCUAAGAGUCUUAUCUUUGAGUGGAUACCAAGUCUCUGAGCUUCCUGACUCAAUCGGGGAUUUAAAACAUCUUCGGUACCUUGAUCUAUCUCGCACAAUGAUUCAAUGGUUGCUUGAAUCGGUGAGUACUCUGUACAAUUUACAGACAUUAUCAUUACGAGAUUGUCUUGCUCUUUGUAAGUUGCCAUCUAACAUUGGAAAUUUGGUUAACCUUGGCCAUCUUGACAAUGCUAAUACUGGACAACUGCAAGAGAUGCCCACUGGGAUUGGCAAAUUGACAAAUUUGCAAACAUUGCUAAAGAUUUUUGUGGGCAGAAGUAAUGGAUUAGGGCUGAGAGAUUUGAACAGCCUGUUGCAUGUGCGAGGGAUGCUUUCCAUUGUAGGGUUGGAAAAUGUUAAGGAUGCGCGGGAUGCAGAGGAAGCGAAUUUAAAUCAUAAGCAGAAUCUUGAUGAAUUAGAAUUGAAAUGGGGUAGAGACGUUGAACAUUCUCAAAAUGAAGGGCUACAAAUUGAUGUACUUGACAUGCUACAACCUCAUAGAAAAUUGAUUGGUCAGUUACCCCUGCUCAAAGAACUGCACAUAGAAGGCAUGGAUGCAACAAAAAGCGUGGGUACUGAAUUCUAUGGCGAUGGUAAUGCCUUGAAGAUUCCAUUUCCGUCACUCGAGAUUCUAAGGUUGGAGGAGAUGCCAGAAUGGGAGGAAUGGUCUAUUGAUACUGGUGCUGAGGUUGUAGGGAACCAUUUCCCUUGCCUUCGGGAGCUUACUAUGCGCAACUGUCCUAAAUUGGCAAGUGUUUCACUCUUAAGGCUCCCCUCUCUUAGGAAACUAGAGAUCGAAAAUUGUAGGGAGGUGGUACUAGAAAGUUUUUCUGAAUUAACCACACUAACUAGCUUGAAAAUUCAGAAGAUUUUGGGACUAACUCAUCGACAUAAAGAGUUUUUGCAGUUCUUGGUAUCACUCCAAGUUCUUGAAAUUGGUUCUUGUGCAACACUGGUGUCUUUGUGGGAGAAUGGGAUUACACCACGAGACCUUUUCCGUCUCCAACGCCUGUAUAUCUGGGGGUGUCCCCAACUUGUGUACUUGGUAGAAGAUGAUCAAAUGCUACCUUGUAAUCUUGAAUGUUUGGAAGUAUACACCUGUGAUCGACUGGAGAGGUUGCCUAAUGGCCUGAAAGACAAUAAAUCUCUUAAAGAGUUGAGAAUCAGACAUUGCCCGAAACUUGAGUCAUUUCCAGAUGCCAAUCUCCCUCCUAUGCUUCGAAGUCUUGAGAUAGGAGAAUGCAGUGCUCUAGUGUCUGUACCUAAUUGUAUCUCUCACCUUGAAGAGUUGGAGCUCUAUGACUGCGUGUCUCUAGCAUCCAUGCCGACGGACACUCUUCCAUCCACCCUUAGAAUACUUAGAAUUUCUAACUGCGGGAACUUAGAGUCAGUUACAGAUACGAUUGAACAGAACAAAGGCCAUUGGCCGAAUUUGGAGAGUUUAUCUGUAUCCACGCUCAAUUUUGAAUGUUAUUUGGCGUAUCAAAUUGGACAGUCAUUCCCAAGAAGCGGUUUUCUCACUCCUAACCUACGAAGACUUUCUAUCCGCAAGUGCGCAAAUCUCUUUUCCGUUGCAAACCAGAUUGAAAGCCUUACAUCCCUUGAAGAGUUGAGAAUAUCUGAUUGUCAAAGUCUCGAGUCCUUUCCUAAUGGGAAUUUGCCUCCCAACCUGAAAACAGUUUAUAUCAGCAACUGUGAAAACCUUAAGCCUCUAUCAGAGUGGGGCCUGCACAGACUCUAUUCUCUUCAACGCUUCGAGAUGAAUGGCGUAUAUCCAGAGCUACUUUCCUUCCCAGGGAAGUGUGUGUUUCCUGCUGCUCUUACAUUCCUUCGGAUUGGAAAAAUCACAAAUCUUAAUUCUCUCUCUAUGGGGCUUCAAAACCUUACAUCUCUCAAGCAUCUGGAAAUCUACAAUUGCCCCAAUCUUCGUUCCUUGCCUAACGAGAGGACACUUGCUACACUUUCAAGUCUGACCAUUAGGGACUGUCCGCUUAUUAAACAAUGGCGUUGAAGGAGAAAGGAGUAGAUUGCUAGCAUUCCCAGUGUUAUUAUUGAUGUUAUUGGAUCCAUGGGCAAAGCUGUGAACUUUUUGAGGAGGAUGCCAGAGACAAUCCCCAGUUUUUGUUCUCUCAGGUAAUGAUGCGUACCUCUUACUUUUUAUCUGCUUGGCUUUAUCUUCAAUCAUCUAAGGUUUAAGGUGUAAAAUGAG